GCGCUCAGCUGAGCCGCGGUCACGUGACGGCGCGGCCGAGCGAGCGGGCCCGGCGGGGCCGGGCGGCGCGGGGCGGCGGAGAGGGACCAUGUCCACCCGGCGCCUCCGCAGCGAGGACUACAAUGACUACAGUUCCACAGAUGUCACUCCAGAGGGGAGCCCUCCCGACGGCAUGAAUGGCUUCGCCCACCCUGAGUCCUACCAGCGCUUCGGGGAGACCAACGGGACAACGUGGUACCAGACGCUGAUCCAUCUGCUGAAGGGGAAUAUUGGGACGGGGCUGCUGGGGUUGCCUCUGGCUGUGAAGAAUGCUGGUAUCCUGCUGGGUCCUCUGAGCCUGCUGGUGAUGGGAGUCGUGGCUGUGCACUGCAUGGGCAUCCUGGUCAAAUGUGCCCAUCACUUCUGCAACAGGUUCCAGAAGCAGUUUGUGGACUAUGGAGGUGCUGUGAUGUAUGGGCUGGAGGCAACUCCCAGUGCCUGCCUGAGGACACAUGCCAUCUGGGGAAGGCGUAUAGUGGGACUUUUCCUGAUCAUCACUCAGCUGGGUUUCUGCUGCGUGUACUUUGUCUUUCUGGCGGACAAUCUGAAACAGGUUGUGUCUGCUGCAAACGGAACCACCAAUGACUGCAGCCCGAACAGGACGGUGGUGAUGACCCCCACCAUGGACUCCCGCCUGUACAUGCUUUCCAUCCUGCCUUUUGUGGUGCUGCUCACGUUUAUCCAGAACCUCAAGGUCCUGUCCAUCUUCUCCAUGCUGGCCAACGUGGCCAUGCUUGUCAGCCUUGUUGUGAUCUACCAGUACAUCGUCAGGGAUAUUCCUGAUCCCAGAAACCUGCCUCUAGCAGCAGCCUGGAAGACCUACCCUCUGUUCUUUGGCACUGCAGUCUUUGCUUUUGAAGGCAUUGGCGUGGUGCUGCCUCUGGAAAACAAGAUGAAGAAGCCCCGUCAGUUCCCAGUCAUCCUCUACGUAGGGAUGACCAUUGUCACCAUCCUGUACAUCAGCCUGGGUGUCCUGGGCUACCUGCGCUUUGGGACAGACAUUCAGGCCAGCAUAACGCUCAACCUGCCCAACUGCUGGCUGUACCAAGCUGUCAAGCUGCUCUUCUCCUUUGGGAUUUUCUUCACCUACGCCGUGCAGUUCUACGUGCCUGCCGAGAUCAUCAUCCCUCCCCUCGUGGCCCGGGUGUCGGAGCGCUGGGGCUGGCUGGUCAACCUGCUCCUCAGGGUGGCCCUGGUCUGUGUCACCUGUGUGCUGGCCAUCCUCAUCCCGCGCCUGGACCUCGUCAUCUCCCUGGUGGGCUCCAUCAGCAGCAGCGCCCUGGCUCUCAUCUUCCCCCCGCUGCUGGAGAUUGCCACCUACUACUCCGAGGGCAUGCACCCCCUUGUCAUUGCUAAGGACAUCGCCAUCAGCCUCUUUGGCUUCGUGGGCUUCGUGGUGGGCACGUACGAGGCGCUGGUGGAGCUGGUGGCACCCGCGGCCACCGUGGUGAACGCCACCACUGUCCUGCUGCAGUGACCGUCCCCUC